UUCAACAUUAACCCAAGCUGGGCUGCAAUAGUUUCUCCUCUGUUUCCCCUCUGCAUUUUUCCUGUAGCUCAGGAACCCACACAAUGGGACACAGCAGAACCAAAAUGCUGAGGGCUUUUCUCCUCAUCAGCCUUGUACAUUUCACCCAGAGCUACGACACGGUCUUUCUUGAGCAGAGGCAAGCACUUUCCAUGUUGAAACGCACACGCCGAGCCAACAAGGGAUUUCUGGAAGAGAUGCGUAGAGGCAACCUAGAGCGAGAGUGCCUAGAAGAAACUUGCAUCUAUGAGGAGGCCCGCGAAGCCCUUGAGUCUGAUGUUCAAACAGAUAUCUUCUGGGCACAAUACAAAGUUUGCAAAUCGCAAAUGAAGCCCAGGGCCAAUUUGGAUGAGUGCUUAAAAGGUGACUGUGCCAAAGACAUUGGGCAGAAUUACAAAGGAACGAUUUCUGUCACGAAGUCAGGAAUUGAAUGCCAGUACUGGUCCAGCAAAUUUCCUCACAGGCCAAGGUUCAAUGUGACAACCCAUCCACAUGCUAACCUUACUGAAAACUACUGUAGGAAUCCAAAUGACAAUGUGCAGGGGCCUUGGUGCUACACACGUGACCCAGUGGUGCGAAAAGAAGAGUGCGCAGUCCCCGUCUGCGGUGAGAACCAGACAACUGUUCCAUUUUCUCCAAGAACCAGUGUACAACAGAAAAAGCAGACGCAACAACCGUGUGUUCCUGACAAGGGGCUACUGUACACCGGGACUGUUUCAGUCACCCGCUCUGGGGCCCAGUGCUUGCCAUGGACCUCGGAAAAAAUAAGGCAUCUUAUCCAAAGAAGAGACUUCCUGCCCUCUGUCACUCUGGUGGAGAAUUUUUGUCGCAAUCCAGAUGGCGAUGACGAAGGUGUCUGGUGCUAUGUAGAGAAUCCCAAUGUGACCCAUGAAUAUUGUGACUUGGAUUAUUGUGAAACUGUUCUAAAGUAUGUUGAUGAUGUGGAUGAAGACCAAAGAGCAGGCCGGACCUCUAAUGUAGAACAUCAAGUCUUAUUCAACCCCAGUACAUUUGGUGAAGGUGAAGCAGAUUGUGGUGUUCGUCCCUUGUUUGAGAAAAAGAAAAUUGCUGAUAACAGUGAGCAGGAGUUGUUGGACUCUUAUCAGGGAGGCCGAGUUGUGAAAGGUUCAGAUGCUGACCUAGGCAGUGCUCCAUGGCAAGUGAUGCUAUUCAAGAAGAGCCCACAGGAAUUGGUCUGCGGUGCCAGCCUUAUAAGUAAUCGCUGGGUCCUCACAGCUGCCCAUUGUAUCUUCUAUCCACCCUGGGAUAAGAAUUUCACGACAGAUGACCUCCUUGUGCGGAUUGGCAAACACAACCGAAAGAAAUAUGAAAUAAAAAUGGAAAAAAUCGUCUUGCUGGAUAAAAUCAUCAUCCAUCCCAAAUACAACUGGAAGGAGAAUCUGGACAGGGACAUUGCACUGUUACGCCUGAAGAAACCAGUUGCUUUCAGUGACUUCAUACUACCAGUGUGUUUGCCCACCAAGGAGAUUGUUCAAAGCCUGUUGCUGACUGGAUAUAAAGGGCGUGUAACUGGAUGGGGAAACCUAUUUGAGACAUGGACUAGUAACCCUUCAGUUUUGCCCAAUGUAUUACAACAAGUGAAUUUGCCCAUUGUGGAUCGGGAAACCUGUAAGGCCUCCACCAAAAUCAAAGUCACAGACAACAUGUUCUGCGCAGGGUACAGUCCUGAAGAUUCCAAGAGGGGAGAUGCCUGUGAGGGUGACAGCGGGGGCCCUUUUGUCAUGAAGCAUCCAACACUCGAGCGAUGGUAUCAGGUUGGUAUAGUCUCCUGGGGAGAAGGCUGCGAUCGUGAUGGCAAAUAUGGAUUCUACACCCAUGUAUUCCGCUUGAGGAAAUGGUUGCAAAAGACUACGGAGAGGCAUGGGCUUUAAAAGGAUUUCAACUUCAGCACUUUAGAGAUAUUGUACUGAUUAACCAUUACACUAACCAAAAGCCUAUAAAAGGAAAUGAUAACUAAGCACAAACCCCAAUAAAAUUCUGGACCAAG